GAACCCACAUUAACAGCUUGUCUACCCUCCAUUUUAUUGCAUACAGAGUAACUGCCCCUUUUUCAUGAAGACCAUAAAGCUGAUGUGUGUAAAAGUUUCAGAUAUAUAAUAUUGUACUGUGUGAGAAAAUAAGCCAAACCCAAAGGGAGUUAAUCUCACAAAAAUUUUGAAGGAGACAACAGUGUUCUGGUGUGUGUCAUAUUUGAUGAGCUGUCAGAGAUAAAAAAGUGGACAGAUAUAUUUAAACGUUAUUGAUAUUUCUUAUACAUAUAUUUUUCUGGAGGGAGAGGAUUUUUUUUCAAUUGGAUUAGAUAGUGAAACAUUCCAGUGAAAGGAAAGAUACUGUGAUAAGUUGAUAAUAUUGUGAUAAAAGUGAAACUAGAAAAUAACAAAAACAGUGUGUUUAUUCAAAAGUGCGGGACACUUGAAUAAAUAAAAAAGGAACAAGAAAAGAAUUUAUUCAGGCAGGAAAAACAAGUUUACCUUUUUAUAAAGAAUACUUUGAACUAGGGAUUAUAUUUUAGAAAAAAAAAAAUAUUCAAGGGAAGUAACUGAGGUACACUUUACUCAUCAAGGGAAGAAACUCUGCUAAAAAAACUGACCAAAGAUUAGAAUACUCAGAAUUGAAAACAUUCCAUAAAUUAAUUAAUCUAACAAACAAAUGACUAUGGCCAUGGGACUUCUUGUUUGUUUUAAUUGCUGUAUCACAGAACAGCCCCAACCAAAACGAAGAAGACGUAUUGACCGAAGUAUGAUUGGAGAUCCGACCAAUUUUAGACACACAGCUCAUGUAGGGUCUGGAGAUGUGGGCCUUACUCCAAAUAGUUCAACAAAUAGCUUAAGUAAUAUUCAAGGUCAAAUGUCAUCGAAAGGUGAAGUGUACGAUGAAGCCAGUCCAGUAGCUGUACAUUUAAAUGUUAUAGACUUACCUGUCCGUAAUAACUCGUAGUUUCCCUGUUUUUUGAAGUCUGAUCGUCAUCAUGUAGAUAUUCAAGUGCUUUCAAAUUCCAACAACAUUUUACUCAGGCUUACAUGUGCUGUACUGUGUUAUAAAAUGCUGAAUGAGUAAAAUACAACAUUGUUGUCAUCACUAUAUAAAGUACACCAGUGUUUAUUUUUAUCUGGAAAUGCCAUUGGGUUAUUUAUCAGUCUGGCUGAUUCAAUUACCCAAGAUUAAAUGUGAUUGGAACAGUUUACCUUGAUUGUUCACCAAAAAAAAACAUCAUCUGAUACUAAGCAGACGACAUUUUGAUGAGCAUGACAUUGUUGAUCUGUGACAGGAAGUACAUAUGGGUUUUGUCUAAAACCUUGAUUUUAUGAUAUUGUUGUCAUCAUUCCAUUCCAGUGGUAUUAAUUUUGAUUAAUAUAAACCACAUAAAAUGAUUAAAUAAGUCACAAGUGAUGGAUAUGUAAUCAUCUUAUUUAACAUGACAGGAGUCCCUCUGAUACUAAUAGGGAACUUGUUCUAAAAAUAGAUUAUUUAAUUUACUUACACAUUUCUGAACAAAUAAUCAACAUUACUGUCAUCAUAAUUAUUAUUGUUAACUGUGGAACAUGUGUGUGAAUGGAGGAAUGUAUAUUUAUAAAUGAAAAGCACUGUUGUUAAGUAGAUGCAGUGUUCUAAUCAUCAGCAUGGUUAGAGUCAGCAGUUGUCAGCAUCUGCAGUUUUCAGCAUCAGAAAUUGUCAGCAUCUGCAGUUGUCAGCAUCAGAAAUUGUCAGCAUCUGCAGUUGUCAGCAUCAGAAAUUGUCAGCAUCUGCAGAUAUCAGGAUUUCAAUUUGUCAUCAUGAAUUUUGUUGCUUUUAAUAGCUGGAGGUUUUAGCAGCAGUAGUUAUCUGCAUCUGUAGCUGUCAUUGUAAGAAUUGUCAGCUAGAAUUGUCAGCUAGAUUUAUCAGCUAUCCAGACAGAUAAUUAUAAUAUAUAUGAUUGUUAUAAGAUUUUUACUGGAAAAGAUUUUCAAAAUUUCAUUGUUAUAAUUUAGAUUUUUAUUCACAUUAUUUUCAAU